UGGUGGAGUCAGCGAGUGAAGGAGCAAGACCGCGUCGCGUGCUCAUCAUCAUAUAUCACGGUCCACGUGUCCCCGUUUUAGACUCGGAACGAACUCCCACCACCACCACCAUAUUUCUUUCCUUCUCAUCACUAUCAGACGACUUGCAAGGCGCGAUGGCUCUGGGCUGGAUCGUGUGCGUGGCACUGGCGCCCAUCAUGAUGGGCAGGGUGAGCUGUACCUCAAAUCAAACAACGGCAGUGGUAGUCACGGACACCGCCUGGACCACGAUUGGAAGCAGCUGGUCCUCAGUGGCCGGGGGAACCCCUACGACCACUCCCAGCGGCCUGGCCCCGAACACGGCCUCGACCACCGCUGGCUCCGGCGGGAACGCAACCACGACCACCACCACCGCCGCCACUGUCGCCACCGUCGCCACGAACGCCACCACCGUCGCCACGGCCACCAACGCCACCGCCGUCGCCGCCGUCGCCGCCGCCACGAACGCCACCACCGCCGUGACGGCGCCUGUGGCUCCCGGCGCGAACACCGCCUCUGGAUCUGCAGGAGGUUCAAACGGAAGCGCUGGAUUCUAUUGCCAGAAGAUGUCCUGCGCUGGAGAGAACUGCUACCAGAACAAGACGUUUCUACAACACAACGAGACGUGCAUGAGUUCAAAUCCCAUGUGCUGGUUUUUGCGCUCGACGGAGGGAACUGCUGUGAACUACACCUCGGGCUGCGUGUCCAACAACAUCAACGCCACGUGGUGCACCGCGUCAGGCACAGCGUCCAGGUGCAUCGUGGAGUGCUGCAACACCAGCCUGUGUCUCAACUUCCCGGCACCACCCACCACCGCAGCCACCACCACAACGACUGCAGUCACCACCACCAGCGAGCCGAUGUCCGACCGUGUCUGCCAGAUGUUUACCUGCAGCGGAGCUGACUGCUUCAUCAAGGUUAUACCUGCUCCACAGCGCUGCUACAAAAGCCAGCUGUACUGUGAGCUGGUGAGCCACAUGGAACACUCGCAGAUCUCGUUCACGGCCGGCUGCAGCUCUCGCUGCAAGGGCAAGGUGGCGUCGUGCGCCUCGCAGCCCGAGUGCUUCCAGGAGUGCUGCGCGGGUAGCACCAGCUGCCUGAAGCUGGACGGCAAGCUCUACGACGUGAGCGGCGGCCCGCGCCCCGAGGCCCUCCUCGGGGCGCCCGGCCACGCCGCCACGCUCCUACUUGUGGCCGCCACCGCUCGGGCGCUGCUGUGAGUUGUCGACGGGCGCGACGGGGCGGCGGCGAGGGGCAGGGUCCCCCCCCAACCACCACCAACCACGCAGAGCCAGGCGAAGGCCCCCCCCCCCCCCACCAGUUCUGGUCACCACCGCGAUGCCCCCCUCAUCCGUGUUAAAGAUUUCCAUGUCUACCAACGCGUGCAUUUCAUUGAUGCCGUUUCUGAUUCAUGUGCAAGCAGGGCGGGUACUUGAAUGAACAUGAGUCAGUGAGGUACCCAAAGUGAGUGUUUUUGAUUGCUUAGCUGUUGAGAGUCAACCACAAUAAAAUAAAGGUGACUCGUUUUUAACUAAUUGUACAGCCCCUUGACAUUCACCUGCUGGAUUAGGGCUCCCCCCAUGCCACGUGGCCAUGCUUCUUUACGCCCGUCAAUCACUUGACAGUGAUGUUAGCCAUGGCCAGGAAUUGGACUCUGGUCGUCAAGUGCAUGGCACAGCGCUAUGCCUGUGAUUUAUGUUUUACCGGGUGGUAAGAUAGUGAAGAGUGAGAUCAUUUUAAACAUAAGAAAAAAUGGGUGGUGGUUGUAUUAGCACUGUUGAUACACCACAAAUUAUAAUUAUUAGUAGAGAAGAGAGUGAUGAAAUGCCUUCACAAUCUAAGUGGGUACACUACUUUGGAACCUUUUGCGGACUGACCUGCACAUUAAUGCCAUUCUGGUGUGCAAAAAGAGUGGUAGACAUGGAACGCUUAACCCUGGAUGCUUCAUGAGGACUGACGCAUUAUAUCUGCCCUAAAGUUGCAAUCAGGAGUCAUAGAUAGACGUGGAACUGUAUUUUUAGUUGAUUUUAUGUCACCCUUGCACGGUGCAAUGCUGCAUAUUCAUACGUGCACCUGGAGCGAUGCAUGUUCAGUUUUUAUUUGAAAAGUGAAAGGUACCCAUCCUUUAUGGAGCGCUGAGGUCAUGUGUGCACAGGCAUGAGCACAGUCAUCAGUUUUAUUAUUAGUGUUCAAUUAUUAGAGAUUGAUAUACCAAGCUAAAGUCUCCUGGUGGAGAGAGGUCCAAGCAUACGCUAAUGUUGAGAUAAAGAGGCACGCGAGAGCAGGUUGGAGCUCUUUUAAAAAGCAUUGAACGUGAUAACAAAAGACAACAGUGAAAUAGUGAAUAACCUAAAUAAGAAAGUUUUCAAUCAGGACACGUGACCUCCUACGACAUGGAUCAGAGAAGCAUGGAGAGGUGCACGAUUUGGAUUCAACUGAGAGACGGAAAAACGCACAUCAGAUGGCACGAAUUAAAGACAUGUUAAGAACAGUAAAUGUUCUAUAGAUGACGACUGGUGGUGGGGACCGCCUGUCGAGUGGCAGCCAAAUACAGAAACCACCUCGGAAGUGGAGCAAUGAGAUCAGCCCAUGUGUAGAAGUUGUACGCAAGUAUGUUGAACUUCUUUCGCACCGUACGUAUGAGGGGCGGGGGAAGGACAACAAACUAAACACAACAAUAUAUUCCCAAUAAAUGUUUAAAAUCUAUGAUUUUAAAUUGCAUAGCUCCAGUGACUUCCUAAUAUUGGAAGCAAGAGCGUUGCAGAUGGACGCAGACGCGCAUCUCCAAAGACCGCGAUGCAGUGAGUCUUUGUUCGAUGGCGAUCAAAGUUCAUCAUGAGAUUGAGGGAUGCAAACAACUUUCCGAGAUUUUCAAGCAGCAGUGCACAGAACAUUCGAGAUUUCAACAGACCGCACAUGCAUAUGAACUCAUUUAUUUGGAGGAUUGCCCUUUGUGGAGGUAAAAUAAUAGGUGAGCAUAGGUCAUGAGGCUCAAGUUAUCGUUAAUUGUAAUCUUAUAAAACAAACUCUUUUCUAACCUCUAGGAAUUAAACUAACUUUGUCACGAAUUGUGAAGCCAGUUAUUUUGAGACAUUAACACAUAUCAACCUGAUCGCAUAUAAUUUAAUGAGAUGGCAUUAUUAACACAGUACGUCACAUAUCCGACUUGCUGGAGAACACUGUAUCAGCGUGUAUGUGAACAUGAAAUGCCAGAUAUGUGAACACCCUAGAGAUACUGAGUUACACAUGAGUACAUGCUUCACUGUGCUUUAAAAGCAAAUUGUACGUGAUAUUAUAUUGUGUUAAUUUACUGUAUGUGAAACGGUCGAAUUUGUGCCCAUCUAUAGAAAAUGCUACCACACACGCCAUACUGAACUGGGUGUGUGCAAUUGGAUAUGUUACGGUCGGAUAUGCGACUGAAUUUCAUUACCAGUCGGGUACAUUUUGUAAUUAAAUUCGUAUAUUAAGUCUUUAUAUGUUCCACGUAUCUCUAUGACCUCUAGCGGCAUCUGGGAGACUUUCUUUCACUAUUCAUUCUCACGAUCUCCGCGUUUCCUUUGGGAGGCGAGUCCAAUUUAUAAAGCAACAGCAGCUCACCUGACUAAAGACACGCACACCGUGCGGCUGUGCUGCAGUGUCGGCGGGCAUCGCAGUUUUUGCCAGAGCGAAGCAAUAGUCAGCCCACAUUCCAAAAGUUAAUUUAGUAUUCCUCCCAAGUAAGCGUCCCACCUCCAGGUUUUACUGCUCACCAGUCCGGCUUUCCAAAACGUCACUUACUCAGCAUACAGAAACUGGUUUUUAAUAUAGAUACACAUUAUCACGUGAAUAAAGAAUGUAUAAAAGCUGGAUUUUCCGUUACGAAAAAAAGCAACAAUGGGUAGUUAGAACUAGCAGAAACUCUAGAACAAGGGCAAACCAGUUUUGUUUUAAUCUCUGAAAUGUGUGUAUGCAUAGAUGUGUAACAGAAGACUUCAGCAGCCUGUUGAAAUUAACGCUUGUGGUUCUAUUGAAAACGUGGAAACAGUCGCAAGGUGGAAGACUAAAUGCAGUUAGCAUUACAUUAGUAAGAUCCGGUCAGCUUCAGCAAUAACGUUAAACUCGAUCAUAGCUUGCCACAUACUACAGCAGCAGGAAAGGAUAACGUUUGUUUCUUGGGACAAUUGCUUUUUAUUUCACAAUACAAAUACGUGGGCAAAAGCUAAAUAGCUUAGCAGUUACAGCAUUUGCCUUCGGGCCAGUUUAUAUGACAAUGGUUCAAUUCUCACAACUGCUCGCUAAUUCCUGCAGAGAUGUCCUCCAGUGCUUUGAAUAUUGCAUUAUAACUUCUAUAAAUAGGCUGUCAUGUGCUACUGCCAUCCCUCAGUUCAUAAUUUACCCAGACACCCGGUGCCUAAUAAAGCUCAAAAUCUACCGGGCACGGAUUGGGAACCGUCAGAAAACAAUAAUGCUUUGAAGUCCUGAAAAUGUCUUAUUCUAUAAAACACAGAUAUACAUGAGGUGUUCCAGUCAAGAGACGCCUUUAAGAGUUUAAGACAUGCUGUGGGAUUAUGUAAGUACAGACCUGAUUCACCAAAGCAUGGUCGAUCGUGCCUGUAGGAACGUUUUAUUAGGCUCUGCAGAUAACAUAUUAAAGGAAAAUAAACACGUUAUUAUGUAACUACAGGUACCCACGUCUGCUGGGUAAUGAUUCACAAUGUUUCUCACCUGGCUGCAUAAAAGGGCAUUCCAUUGAUGUAUACUAUAGCUGAACUACGUAAUGAAAACCAAGCACAUGCCACUUCAGUUGACGAGUCACUGAUCUGGUCUCAAAAGGGAUUAUUACAGAUCCAGGUGAGAGUUUGACAAGAAUGACAAGAAUAUAAGUGAAACGCUGCACAAUUCCAAGUAAAAUUCCAUUCAUUCACGACACUGUAACCAGGUGAAACCACAAUGAAGCAACUCGACAAGGGUUUAAAGAAGACUUAUGAAUGUGAAUGCGUUAUUCAGCCUCUGUAAAAUGUAACAAAAACAAGGCUCUCGUGUCCACACACUAACCGAUCGCAGCUCAUUUGAACUAUCCCGCAAUUCGGAAUUUGGGAGUUUAAGAAUUCACAACGUGGGUGUCGUGUUGGAUGUGGUCGGGUGGCUCAGAGGUGAAACGCUGAGCUGGCACUGCUGAGAUGCGGAGUAUUAAUCCGGGAUCUCAGCAGUCUGUAAUUCAACCAGGUUCACAAGUGUCGCGUGUUUACAAUGUCGACCGCGUCACCAAUUAUAUAGCACUAAAUAUGGUGUAUAUACUAAUGCAAUACUGAAGCAUUACAACUCAAACUUUAAAGUUUGAAUUCAAAGAUUCGAUUUGAUUACUGAAUGUAACAUUGAUAACCGCAUUUAAUGAUGUGGGGGGGGGGGAUACUUGUAAAUAAAAAAAGGUUUCAUACGCAAUUUCCGGCUAAAGUUACUCCCUUUUUAAUAAAUUCCUUGCAGAGCAGUUCAGUGUAUCUGCAGAAAGUAUGUGUACACAAGUGCCUUGUUUUGUUAGGGUUCACUCCCCCUUACCGAUUAUUAAUCAUUAACUAUGAAUAUGUAACUGGGCUGACAGUGGCCGCCUCUUGCGAGAAACGUCAAAGGAUAUCUAAGCGUGCAGAACAUUUCAUCAAACGGACGGUGGAGCAAUACUGUGGGUUGAACCAGCAAGAUGGACAUCUGCGACCACUCAUGUACUCUUGCUCAAUGCCCCUGUGACAUCUAAGUAAAAAAAAAUGCUUGCAAUGAACUCUUUCACGGCAGCGCCUUAUCCUAUUUCUUUGAUUAGAUAUGCAUAAAUUCCUCAUGUGCAGCAGCAAAUCACUUUCACAGUUCAAUCGUGUCAGCGUUGAGGGUAGACAGGAAAAUACGUAAACAUUACCAAUCGGAGAGCUCCUUACAGUUUGUGUUUUAAAAUGGGGGCCGGUCUGACUUUCCGCUGCUGCCUUUGUCCUAGAAGUUGUUGUUGCUGCUAAUGGAGUUGAAGAGGCCACUAAAAGCAAGAGGCUAAACUAUGGUUCGGCUUGUUACCCAGAACCGCACUCCCAUUGGCACUGCAUUAUAGCACUGUGAAACUGACAAAUCUAUGUAACUGAUGGGUCAAACUUUGUUCCAAGCAUAUAAGAAGUCACGGGGUUAAAAUGGAAUCUAACAUGUUGACAAUUUAUCUUGCUCUAUCACAGGUUUAAGUGAUACGCAAUAGUAAUUCUACACAUUUUCUGUUAUACCAAGUUUCAAACAGACGUCGAACAUUUACUCCAAAACCAUAUGCUAAUUUGCAGCAUUCUAAAUGCACUUAUUCGGAAAACAAGGACAUGCAAAUGCCGUGACAUUGAGUGGAACAUUUAUGUACAUACAUUUCCAUCCUAUAGAUUUAUCCCGCACCUCCAAUUAGCAUGGUUGGCUACGUGAGACGUUCAACAUAAACACACAUUUAACGCUUAUUUACUCAAAUUAACAUUUGAACAAAAAAUACUAAACAGAAACACAAUUACACAACAUGUGAUGCAAUGCGCUGCAUAUUCCUAAACCAUUUUUUGUCCACGCUUUCAAAUGCUAUUCAAAUGCACACGUACAUAACGACUCAUGGAAACCCGUGCUGUGGAGCACAAUAAAUGCUGCAAAAAAGGACUUAUGAAAAUCGGUAGCCAAUUAUGCUUAAAGUCACUUCUACACUGUAUACAGUUGUACAAUCGUGAAUUUCCAAGAGAGCACGGCCCCCCUAAAUACUGAAGCUCCAAGCAUGCACACUGCAUUUAAACAUUAUCUAAAAAUAGGCAGUGGCGUGCGCAGGGUACAUUCUCCUGUGCUGCCACUCCAGUAAAAUCGAACACAUUCAAACUACCCUCAUGUGAUUCUUAGAAAGUCAGCAGGCAUUCUGCUACUAGCCAAUGGAGGAAUAUGGUAUAAUGGGAUGUCACCGCAAAAGCUAUACUGCAUAUACAAUGCUCCCAUUGAGAACUAGGAAAACACAUAUUUUGGAUCAAACAUUUCAUAUUAACAAUUGGCUCUCAUGAAACAAUUACUGAGAUUGUUUGCGGCUGUGCUGUAUUGUUCUACAAUGUGUUUUCAGCUGGACGGUAUGUUCUGCAACAUGUCUGACGUUUCUCUCCACAUGCUGGGAGCUACUUCAGGAAUCGAAAUCCUCGCACGUGAAGUAAACAAUCUGAGAGACAAACGCAUCAGAGAGCUGUAUGAAAAUGCAUCAGAGAACUAUAUAGCACAACCGUAAAAACCUAUAGGUACGAACUUUUAUUAAGGACAGUUUCUGAAAAAGCUCUCAGCAAACGUGGAGCAACACGUUGUACAACAUGCUGAACACACACAGUUGGGACAUUGUGGACAGCACGCUCUACAUCCAGAAAAUACAUCAGAGCUAAACUAAUUAAUUAUAAUUAUCCAUUAAUGAACUUAUCGAAUCAGCCUGUGCUGCUUGAUGACCUGCCAGUGUUGAAAGCAUGGCAAUCCACGACUAAAUUGCGUUCUUAAUGGUAAUUACACUGAAUCGUGUGGUCUUCUCAGGCGUGACUGUUAAGAUCUUUACUUUAUUACAAUGGAUUAUAUAAUACCAGGCUUGCCAGGUUAAAUGCAUUUUCAGAUUAGCAAUCUGCAGAUUAACAAGUCUAAAACAGUGUGCAAUAAUUCAGCAACCACAGCAAGAAUAGCAAUGUAAUCCAAGUGCAGAAUAUAUUUUAUCAUUAUACACAACAGGUCAUCAGGGGGCUGUUAUUCACUUGCACAGACUAGGUUGGUUCGGAGGGUGCAAUGAAGUUGGUUCAAUUUGAGCUUCUAAUUUGACAUAGGGUGCUUCGCUAAAUGUUCAGAGAAGCCAUAGUGCCGUUUGCUUUUUGGGGUCAUUCCCACAUCACUUUAUAUAAGAUGCAUUUAAUAUAUUUGCUUACAGUAUGUUAAAUGUAGCUAUAUGCGAAACUGCGUGUAAUUGUCAAUGUUGAUACUUUAACAUUAUGCUGAUCACAUGAUUUUUGUAUGAACUUAAUCAAGUAAAUUCCCUUUGCUCAUAAAUGAAUUUUACUUCG